AUCAGCGCGGGCCACGGUACGACAGUGUUGUGCUGCUGGUUAGAGACCGGCUGUGUGUGAUGCGGUGAGUGAGGUGGAGCGUUCACGCGGCGCGCACAGAGAUCUGCACUGCCUGAAUUGAACAAGAUAUUGACUUGGCACGAAGAACAACCAUGCGAGCGUUCUUGGGUGUGUUGGCGUGUUCUCUGACUGUACUCUCUGUCCACGGUCUCUACUCUGCCAGUGAUGAUGUGGUUGAACUCAACCCCUCCAACUUCAACAGGGAAGUCAUGCAGAGUGACAGUCUCUGGCUGGUCGAGUUUUAUGCCCCCUGGUGUGGACACUGUAAGAAUCUGGCUCCUGAAUGGAAGAAAGCAGCCACAGCUUUAAAGGGCAUUGUGAAGGUGGGUGCUGUGGACGCAGACCAGCACAACUCCCUGGGAGGCCAAUACGGAGUCAGAGGCUUCCCAACUAUCAAGAUCUUCGCCGCCAACAAACACAAACCAGAGGACUAUCAAGGUGGCCGUAGCAGUCAGGCCAUCGUAGACUCAGCUCUGAAUGCUCUCCGCUCCCUGGUGAAAGACAGACUUGGUGGAAAGACUGGAGGCUCAGACUCUGGCAGACAGAGUGGAGGUGGUGCUGGCAAUAAGAAGGAUGUGGUGGAGCUGACCGAUGAUAACUUUGACAGUACUGUACUGGACAGUGGUGAUGUCUGGAUGGUGGAGUUCUUCGCCCCCUGGUGUGGACACUGCAAAAAUCUUGAGCCGGAAUGGAUGGCAGCCGCCACAGAAAUCAAAGAGCAGACAAAGGGUAAAGUGAAACUGGGUGCUGUGGAUGCUACUGUUCACCAGGGCUUGGCAAGCCGCUAUGGGAUUCGAGGAUUCCCCACCAUAAAGAUCUUUCGUAAAGGAGAGGAGCCAGAGGACUAUCAGGGAGGACGUACCCGAUCUGACAUUGUUGCUCAUGCCAUGGAUCUUUUCUCUGACAACAUCCCUCCUCCAGAGCUUCGAGAGAUUUUGAAUGAAGACAUUUUGAAGAAAACCUGCGAGGACUAUCAGCUGUGUAUCAUAUCUGUGCUGCCUCACAUUUUAGACACGGGUGCAUCUGGAAGAAACUCUUACCUGGAGGUGAUGAGGACGAUGGCAGAGAAAUACAAGAAGAAGAUGUGGGGCUGGUUAUGGACUGAAGCAGGGGCACAGAUGGAGCUGGAGUCUGCUCUUGGGAUCGGUGGAUUUGGCUAUCCUGCUAUGGCAGCCAUUAAUGCUCGCAAGAUGAAGUUCGCCCUGCUCAGAGGCUCAUUCAGUGAAACGGGCAUCCACGAAUUCCUAAGGGAACUUUCUGUUGGCCGUGGCUCCACUGCUACAGUGGGAGGUGGAGCUUUGCCUAAGAUCAACACUGUAGAACCUUGGGAUGGGAAAGAUGGAGUGCUGCCCACGGAGGAUGACAUUGACCUGAGCGAUGUGGAUCUGGAUGAUCUGGAGAAGGUUGAGUUAUGAGUCUGGUUUAAACUAUUUUAGGCUCCAAAUGAUGCCCAUGUCCUCUCUCCCAUGGAUGAGGGGAUGGUUGGGAGACAAACUUCCUCAAGACUUCUGAAAAGAUAUAAAUAAAGCAAACGAUUGUGCAGCCUUUUAAAGAAAAAAUCUCCAUGUUAGUUGAAAAACGAGGCUUUUCAGUAUAUACAUCAUGAUUGAGCUACACUCUGCCUCAAGUUCCUUCUUCACUUUUUGAUUUAGUGACUGAUUGGAGUUUUCAAUCAGCUUGAUGAAGCAGAAUGUGAUUCCCUGAUUAUCAAACACUUGUUUCCAGUAAGCAGAUGUCACACAGAGGCUCUUCAUAGACACUUUCAUUGACUAGAUUCAAUUGGAUGGUGCUGGUCUUUCUGGUAAUGAGAUAAACUAGUGGUUAUUUAAUUUGACUCCUUUCCCUGGAGCUGCAAGAUGCUUAAAGUUGUUUCCAUUUUCACCCUUUCUCCCUCUGAUGUGAUUUUAUUUUUUAAAUAGGGUUUUCUGAAAAGAAUGUCAUCCAACCUGUAUCCCUGUUUUCCCAUUUGUCUAAUGUACUGGACCGGGUGUAAUGUGGCCGUUGUGUAGAUUUUUCUUACACAGCACUGUUUUGAAAGAAAAAAGUUUUUAUGAAAAUAAAACAAAAAUAAUAACUUGA